AUGCUUUCAUUUGGUAAAUUAAGGUCUCCUCGAUUUCAUAAGAAAGAUGCCAAACAUGAUGACAAGUUUAUACAUGAUUAUUCGGUUCUUCCAUAUAUGAUCCAGUAUAGAGUCCCUACAGAUUCUGAGUUGAAAGCAGGGCCCCAACCAUAUGCAAAUCCUAUAAAAUUCAUUUUUGAAAAAGGAGGAGUCGAGUCAUUUGACUGGUCCGAAAACCGACUUAGGUUCAAUCGUUUUCCCUUAAUUGAUAGCAAUAUAUUGGCCAAAAGAUCAAAGAGACCCAGAAAUGUUAAGAUUUUGACAUCAGACUUUAUCGAGGAUUCACUUUACAACCCAAAUUAUGGUUACUUUUCUCGGGAGGUUGUUAUUUUUCAGCCAGGUAAACCGUUCAAUUACCCUGAACUUAAAGAUAGGGAGGAUUUUAUGAAUCAAUGGCUGCAUGCUUACAAGAAAUAUGAUGAUCGGAAGCGUGCUACGUUCUCCCAGGGGAAAAGGAAAGAUAGUACUGAUAAAAUUCGAAUGUCUUCUCAAAGCAAGAAAAUAACGGGAAGUGAAAACUCAACGUCUCUUGAAAAUCCGUCUUUGCAAUUAUGGCAUACUCCAACAGAACUUUUUCAGCCUUACUAUGGUCAGGCAUUGGCUAAAUAUAUUUUGGCAAAUUAUAAGAUGAAUAGUUUUCCAUACGGUGAUUUGAUUAUUUAUGAAGUUGGUGCUGGUAAUGGAACUUUAAUGUUAAACGUUUUGGAUUAUUUAGAACAACAUGAGCCAGAAGUUUACAGAAGGACAAAAUACAAAAUUAUUGAAAUAUCGACAAAAUUGUUCGUCAAGCAGCAUUCUCGUAUAACGAGACAUAUGGACAAAGUGGAAAUUAUAAAUAAAAAUGUAUUGGAUUGGGACGAAGUUGUUGAUGAGCCAUGCUUUGUCCUUGCUUUGGAAGUGUUUGACAAUCUAUCACAUGAUGUCAUUAGAUAUGACAUUAGCGAUAACAAGCCAUAUCAAGGUUACGUAUUAAUUGAUGAGCAUAAUGAUUUUCGGGAAUUUUACUCACCCGAGUUGGAACCGUUUACUGCAAAAUUUUUAAGAUGCAGAGAAAACAGUGAUACACCAAUAUCCCAAAUUCCAGAUCACCCUGUUAAUCAAUUGAAAUUUGUGAAAAAACUGAAGAAUACCUUCGAUCCAUUGAGAAAUGGGUUAUCCGAUCCUGAAUAUGUUCCAACAAGAUUAUACAAAUUCUUUGAAAUUCUAAAGACGUAUUUUCCUAAUCAUCAACUUUUGGCCUCCGACUUUUCUAGCCUUGAUAAAACUAUCAAAGGUUAUAAUGCUCCAGUUGUUCAGACAAUGUUACGAAAUAAUAUGGUCAAUACAGAUUCAUAUAUGUGCGAUCAGGGAUUCUUUGACAUCAUGUUUCCCACUGAUUUUGAAGUUAUGUCAAGUAUAUAUAAGGAAGUCACAGGAAAGGUGUGUAACACCUGUACCCAUGAAGAUUUUCUGAGAACAUGGGGAGAUGUUGAUGCAACAACAACAAAAUCUGGAGAGAAUCCAAUGUUGGAAUUAUAUUCUAAUGCAUCGUUUAUUUAUAGCUAA